AUGCGUUCUUUACUUCAAAUAUUCUUAACUGUGGCGGCUUCUCUCGUGGCAGGAGCAGCGAUACAGAAAGCGGAGGCAGCGGCAGGUCAGGGCAUACACGAAGAAGAUUUUAAUCCUUUGUGUGCUGUAUCAGACGAGCUAAAAAAAUCAGAAGGUUACGCUAAACAUCUAAUAUCAGAACUUGACGCGGCGGCUUCAGUAGGAAUCAACCAGGCACUAAGACUCAAGAUAUAUGCCGAAACACUGUCUACUGCAACACAACGAACCAAGCUGAGGACCCUGGCCAACGCGUACAUAGACUACUGCAUAGCGGAAUUUACGGACACAGUCAACAACUGUCAAACGGCUCUGGGGUACACGGCAGCAACAAAUUACGUCGCAGCUGGUGUAGACGCGGUAAUGGAUCUUCUAAUCGGAGCGGAGGCGGGCGCAGCAGGCGCCAACGGCGCGUGCACUCGGACAGGCGACGCUACAUCGUCAACAGCAAAAACAAAGUCACAGCUAAAUGCGGCGUGCACGGAACGCUACAAAGCAGACCGACCACACAACCCAGCGAAGAAGCCAACAGCAGCAAACGUAAGACUGGCACCACGCAGCGGAACAGCGCUAACAUCGACCAACCACCAGACCUGUGCACUAACAAGCACGCAAAGUGACUGUCUUUUUCACAGCGGCCAUGUCAAUACAAGGACGAUCGAUUUCCUGGACGGCCUAGUGGGUUUAAAAAAGGACGGGCUAAAAACCAAGGCCUUUGACCCUUCUACGGCACAAGAGGCAACCCACCUUGCUCUUUUCACGGAAAAAACGGCACUGCAAACACUAAACGCGAUCGAAGGCAAAGCGGGUGCAGCCGCGGGCAACAAAAGUACGGAACAACUUGCAACACUGUCGACCCUAGCGAGCCGCGCAGCAGCAUCACAAGAAAAAAAAGACAGCGAAGGCGCAGAACUCAAAACCCAGGAAUUUGGCGACGCAGGCAGCAAAAUUAACCAAGCGUUGUGGCAUGUAGUGGAAAAAUUAGAGGUCGCAAAAGAAGCUUUACCAGAGGCUUCGGACAGAAAACUAGGUAGCAUCAACAGCUUCCAAGAAUUAACACGGGUUACGGGGUAUUAUGAAGCUCUAAAAGACCAGCAACUAGAAAAACUUCAAAAGCAGCUGACGGAGUUACAAGAAACUACCAAGAAGAAAUCAAAAACCCGGGAACAAAUUUGCAACGAAAAAAAAGAUGCCGAUACCUGCAAAGCUGACAAAAACUGCAAAUAUGACGAGACAAAAAAAGAAGAACCGCAAUGCGUAUUGAGUGACAAGGGUAAACAAGCAGCGAAAGAAGCAGAAAGUCAUGCUGAAAAAGUUGGAAAAACCACAAUCAUCACAGGAAACAAUUGUUUUGUCAUUCAUAAGGCACCCCUUUUGUUUGCAUUUUUGCUUCUAUGA